AUGGCUGACAACAAUGUAGUUCAGAACCCUCCAAGGACGUUGGGAGAUUACAUAACCCCAGCUCGAGUUCCUCAGACAACAAGCAUUACGAAUGGAGUUUCACGUGACGCCAUCUUGCUCAGACUAUUUCCGUGCUCACUGAAGGAUGUUGCAAGAGCUUGGCUGCAGUCACUACCUGAAGGAAGCAUCACCCAUUGGGAUGACUUAGCAAUGAAGUUCUCGACCAGAUUCUUCUCAACUUCAAAGAUGGCAAGACUCAAAUCAGAGAUCACUGCUUUUGAACAAAAAGAAAGUGAAUCUUUGUAUGAGGCAUGGGGAAGGUUUAAAGGACUACUCCGAAAGUGUCCUCAACAUGGCAUUGAAGCAAGGGAGAGAGGAAGAAUUUUCUUCCAAGGAAUGACGACAAGCACAAGAACACUGGUGAAUGCUGUAGUAGGAGGAUCAUUGAAAACAAAAACUCCGGAGGAAGCAUUGGAAUUGUUGGAAUCCUUAGCUUCUCAAGAGUAUGACAAUGCUCCAGUCACACAAAGGAGAGCGAGAAUCAUGAAGCUUGACGGAUACAAUGCAAUCUUGGCUCAGAAUGAACAAAUAUUGCAAAUUAAUAAGAAACAACAAGAACAAUUAGAUGCUAUUACAAAGCAAUUUAAUAUUUCUCAAGUUUCUUCUGUUAGUAAUUCUCAAAUUGUUUGUGGUAUUUGUGCAGAUGCUAAUGCAACAGAAGAUUGCGACUACAUGAGAACACCAGAAAAAGCGGAGGUCAAUGGAAUCUGGUACGAUCAAAAGAACCAGAACAAUCCAGGGAGGAACCAAUAUGGGAAUAACUAUAAUCAAGGGUGGAAAAAUCCUAACCAACACCCUGGGUUUAGUUAUAAGUCAAACCAUCAGCUGAAUCCUCCUCUGCCACUACAACAACAACCCCCACCACAAGGCAACACUUCAAAGUGGGAGAAAGCUUUUGCGCAGCUGUCCAAGACCACAUCGGAUUAUAUUCAGAAUGCAAAUGCCUUUAGAGAUGAAACAAGAGCUUCAUUCUGA